AAAAAAAAGAAAAAAUUCACCUGAACGUCUACAGUUUACGAUCGAUUACGAUGAAAGAUAAAAUAAUAUAUCAUUGUAAUCGUCAUUUUAAAUAUGAUAUUUAAUUGAAAAAUUCAUCGAUCGUUAUACAGAAUUUUUCAAAGGUGAAAAAUACGGUGUGUCACGGAUUGUUGUUCAUUUGUGCAAUUUUAUUUUGUCAAUAUCGAAUGAUAUUUCUUAUUUAAAUAGAUGAAGAAGAACGAGGGAGGAAUACAAAUAAUAUAUAUAAAAGAGAAAAAAAAGUAUUAAAAAGAUAAACGUUAAAAUUGUAAGAUUUACGUGUGUCGUACUUUUUUUAUCGUCUUCUUAUUUUCUCUCUAUUCGUGUUUCCUUCCUCUUGUACAAGUUGUAUACAACAAAGGUCGAAUCGAUGAGAAAAGACUUUUAUAAUUCAUUUCUAGCGUGGGCGAAGCUUAACAUUAGACGCGACUGAAAAGAUAACAGAAAACGAUACCACCGUUUCAUAUCACCAAGAGAUAUCACGUUAAUUCAAAUGGUGUUAAGGUCGAAUGCGUUUUUUUAAUUGAGGAAGAGAGAGAGAGAGAGAGAGAGAGAGAAAGAAAGAGAGACGUGUGUGUCCAAGUGCCGAAAGUGUUUUUCGCGAUACAGAUAACAGCUUGCCUGUUAACUAACGUAUUGUUAGUUUGUCGUGUUCAUUUUCAUGACAAAAAAUUUCCACGAUAAUAUGACUAAUAUGAUAGACAUUUGGUUGUAAACUUUAACACCAGUUUAUAUGUCAAAUACGAGACGAAGGAGGAGGUUUUACUUGAAAUGGACUCAGUAGCGGUUACCGUUCCGCUUCGUCAACCAACGAAGAAAAUGAAGAAACGUAAGGAAUUGGAUGCACUUGCACCUCCUCAUGCUGUUUCCAGAAGAACAUCUGGAAAACGUAGUUCUCAGGAAUUAUUGACAGAUAGCAGUGACGAACGUUCAGAAUAUUGGAACACAUCAACAAGAAGCAGUCGCAAAUGUAGAGGAAGAAGGAGCCAAGCCUGUCCGGGAUUUCUUAAGGCUUGUAGUGCCUUUUUGGCGUGUGCUUCUAUUUUAGCUACUGCUAGCUUAAUAUGGCUUUUUAUUGACGUUCGUCAACAACUCAGCGCCUUAAGAACGGAAUUGGAUCAAGUAAUUGCCGGUAAUGAGGGUGUUCCUGAUACUUUGCAAAAAUGCCAUUCUAUGUCGAGAAAUCUGCAAAAAAAUCAAACAAUUAUUUUUACUCAUCUCUCAGAUCUCAGGCUACAAAUAAGUAAUGUUACCAUUCAGUUAGCGAACAUACAACAUGGAUUGCAUCAAGUUCAAGAAUGGGUGCAUGCUGCUCCGGAACUUGCUAAUGUUCCUAAAGAUUUAAAAGCUCUUUCUACAACAGUUGUUUCGUUGGGCAGUCAAAUAAGCGAUUUGGAUUCGACCGUAACAAAGUUGAAAGAAACUAAUACACGUGUACAAAAUUUUCAAACUACCGUGUUACAAAAUAUCACCAAUAUACAGCACGCUAUUUCGGAAUUGACCAAUUUAACGCAAAAGCCUCAGAUUUUAACUACCAAUGAAACCAAAUUGAAAACCGAAGAAUUAAAUGCUGCAAUAUCGUACGUAACAAAUAACUUGACGCACGUUAAUGAAACCCUUUCAAGAACUCUUCAAUGGACAAGUGAAGAUCAGAAAAAAGAUCAUAAAAUAUUGAAUUCCCUUUUGGAUACAACUCAAAAUGUUAGUACAAAGGUUAUAUCUUUGCAAGGAGAAUAUGCAAAAAUAUCUGAACAAAUAACUACAUUACCAUCAUUGACAGAGCAGGUGAAACAAAUCCAUGCAGCCAGUAUAGAAUUAAACGAUAAACUAAAACGUUUGGAGCAAUCUUAUAUUGCUGUUAAAAAUUCAACUACUGCUAUGUUAAAUGCAAUAACGGAAAUGAAAAAUGAAAGAAGAACUGUAAACGAACAAGACACGAAAGAAAUGACCAAUGAAGAAGGAAGUCAAAACGUUCAGAGGAUAAGCACAAACACUUAAAUAUAAGAUUAAUAUAAGUAGAAUAUGAAUAAUAUUUCCAAAAUUGUGAUUUUCAAAAGUCUAGCUCCUGCACGUUUGAUAAACAGUCUGUAGGUAACGUAAAAGAGAUGUGUAACUGUAAAUACUGAUAAGAUAGGAAAGUUUAUUAAACUAUCUAUUUAGCAGGAAUUACAUAUUUAAACUUUGAGUCACGUAUGCCAUCUUAAAGAAAAGGAUGUUAUAUAUUGAAGUGUGUAAUGAAAAAAUAAUGAAUUGAUACAAUUAAAUGAACAUCUGUGACUGAAACUGUCUAUGAUCUUGUAGAAAUUAUCUAUACCAAGCAAUAAUUUGUACAAUUAUGAUAUAAAAAUUCUGAUACAUUGAAAGUAUAAACAUUUGGAAAUACUUACAAAGUACAAAAUCGACAUUUUAAUCAAAACAUUAUCUACCCUUAAUUAUAAAUUUCUACAAACGUAAUAUUUGUUAGACAUUAUACAAUACAAUGAUU